AUGGAAAAUCUAGAAGAUCAGAUAAUUGUUAAUAAUGAUAAUACAGUUUUUAUUCCUUUUGGACGUGUAGUCGAAUCAUAUAUAUUACAUUAUCCUCUUUUAAAAAACACUCGCUUAAAGUCACAAAGCCGUUUGCAAACAUCACAACUAAUAAAUCAAGAAGGUACACACCUUCUCUCUAAUAUAAUAAAUGCCAAUGUUCUAAAAAUUUCAAGAAUAAUUAGUUGUCAUGCAGAUCAUCAAACAAUCAAAGGAAUCAAGGGAAAGUUAUUGGCUUCAUUCAAUGGCACUAAUGAAGAAGAACUGAACAAUGAGGAUUUAAAGUCAAAAGGAUAUAUUCUAUAUUAUCAGCAACCAGAUUUGUUAAAACCUGAGGAUUCUCUAGGGCACUAUUAUCAAUUAACUAUAUCGAAUAAGUUCUGGUUACAAAAUGGUCGAAAAUUUGAACAGUACUAUUUUAGAAUUGUUGGUAAAUAUGACCUUAAUAUUGAUCAUGCUCCUGUGUUAACAAUGGUUGUCAAAAAUAGUAGUAGACAUGGAACUUCAUUGGCUUUUGGUUUAAGUAACAAGAAAAAUAAUUGGACAAUAUGCUUAGCUGUAACAGCUGUUAAAAAAAAUAUACCAUGUACUGAUCCUACAUGUAAACAUUCAUGGCAUUAUGAAGAUCUUCCAAAUGCCGGUCAUCUUCCUAACAAUUUUAAUUCACAAAAUCCAAUGACUACCAACAAUUAUACUGAAAGAAUGAAUUGUUCGAUUGAAUCACAAAUAAAGUUGUUACAUGAAAAUCUUCAUUCUGAAGAAACCAAUAAAAAUGUUUAUGAAGCUGGAUUAGUCACACUUUUUAAUGCACAAUCAAUUAAGCAGUUAAGCCAUCAAUCAAUCAAUAAUGGAGCACCUUCAAAAUUAUCGGCAAAACCAUAUAAAUCUAGCUACAUAUUACAUGUAGUUUCUGAUAAUAUAAAUAAUGAAAUUUCUUCUUCAGAACAAAAGCAAAGAAUGAUGAAUAUUAGAAAGGCUAAGCAUGGAUUAAAGGGAAAACAAAAAGAAAAUGACCAACUGUGUUUUAAAAAAUCUAAAAUUUCUGCAGAGACUUUUGAGCAGCAACCAUCCACUAAUUUAUCACAAGUUGUCAUACCUAAUAUUGAGAAUCAUAUAAUAAUUGAAACUGACCAGCUUGCGAAAGACAACUCUCAAGAAUAUAUAGAAAAAUUUAAUAUUGCAUGCCAGCAUGUAUUAAAUAUUUUUAAACAUUGA